AUGAUGGAUGAAUGGCUGUUCAAUCUGAUGGUUGGAUGGCUGUUUAGUCUGAUGACUGGAUGGCUGUUCAAUAUGAUGGAUGAAUGGCUGUUCAAUCUGAUGGAAGGGUGGCUGUUUAGUCUGAUGGCUGGAUGGCUGUUCAAUAUGAUGGAUGAAUGGCUGUUCAAUCUGAUGGUUGGGUGGCUGUUUAGUCUGAUGGCUGGGGUUGCUGUUGAGUCUGAUGUUUGGGUAGCUGUUCUGUCUCAUGGCUUGGUUGCUGUUCAGUCUGAUGGUUGGAUGGCUGGUCAGUCUGAUGGCUGGGUGACUGUUCAGUCUGAUGAAUAUUCAAUCAGAUGGUCUGAUGGCUGGAUGGCUGUUCAGUUAGAUGGGUGGGUGGUUGUUCAGGUUGAUGGUUGGAUGGCUUGUCAGUCUGAAGGCUGGGUGACUGUUCAAUCAGAUGGAUGGGUGGCUGUUCAGUUAGAUGGCUGGACAGUUUCUCAGUCUGACUGCUGUAUGGCUGUUCAGUACGAUGGCUGUUGA